AAAGCAAGCAAACUUUGUUUACUCCUAACUCAAGUCAUUAGCAUUGUUAGUCUUUGUUUGUGCCCCCAAACCGGUUUUUUUUUGUCUAGCGGUUUAGAAGCAAACCGGUUGACCGGUUCUCGCGAAAAAUGGACCGACCCGAUGAUCCACGCGCCGCCAUAAUCUCCGACCGGGUGACCGUCAACGGGACCGUGAAACAGCUAUCUCUUCUCGCCGACGGGAGGCUGUGGUGGCCGGAGGGAGGUCAACGGAGUUUGACCGUGGAAAAGGAGGUUCUCGGUUUCGCCAGGGACGGUCCCAACAUCAUUCUCAAAACCAUCGUGGAGACUGAAGAUGGAUGCUAUGGUGGUGGGAGCAGAGGAAAACUGGUCCGAAACGAUGUCGUGUUUCGGCCCUCUUCCGAGGAAUCGCACAGGCUCUGGUGCCAGAAGCUUAGCGAAUUCAUCGAUUCCCUUGGACGCCCUAAGAGGCUUUUUGUUUUUGUUAAUCCAUUUGGGGGGAAGAAAGCUGCUACCAAAAUUUUUCGUCAUCAAGUAAAAGCUCUUUUUGACGAUGCACAAGUGCAACUUACAAUCCAAGAAACCAAGCGUCAGCUCCAUGCAAAGCAAGUUGUUCAGUCACUUGAUCUUUCCAAGUAUGAUGGGAUUGUUUGUGUUAGUGGAGAUGGGAUUUUGGUUGAGGUUGUAAAUGGACUGCUUCAGAGGGAGGACUGGGACACUGCAAUAAAAGUGCCCCUUGGAGUAGUUCCUGCAGGAACGGGAAAUGGCAUGGCAAAAUCUCUCCUCGAUUCAGUUGGUGAUCCUUGUGCUGUAGCUAAUGCUGUUCUUGCCAUUAUACGAGGCCAUAAACGACCACUUGAUGUGGCCACCAUCACACAAGGGGAAACCAGAUUUUUCAGUGUAUUGAUGCUUGCAUGGGGUCUGGUGGCUGAUAUUGACAUUGAGUCUGAAAAGUAUCGGUGGAUGGGAAGUGCUCGUAUAGAUUUUUAUGCCCUCACUCGAAUAUUCCAUUUGAGGCAAUACAAUGGAUGUCUUUGUUUUGUGCCUGCACCUGGGUUUGAAGCUUUCGGGGAGCCUACUAGUUACCCUGGCAGUUCUCGUAGCAAAGGCAGCGAAAGGGAACGAAUUGAUGUGGAACCUGUGAAGUCACAAAGUCGAAGUUAUCAGGGACCUGAAAUUGACUUGGAGAAUCUGAGUUGGAGAGUUGUAAAUGGACCAUUUAUUUCUGUCUGGCUUCAUAAUGUUCCUUGGGGUGCUGAAAACACCAAGGCAGCACCAGAUGCAAAGUUCUCAGAUGGUUAUCUUGACUUGAUCAUUAUGAAGGAUUGUCCAAAAUUACCAUUGCUGUCAAUGAUGUCAGAGUUGAAUAAUGGAGGUCAUGUAAAAUCGCCGUAUGUCAUGUACCUAAAGGUGAAAGCUUUCGUGUUGGAACCUGGCCCACGCUCGGGGGCCCAAGAGAAGGAAGGGAUCAUAGAUGCAGAUGGUGAGGUUCUGGCGAGGGGGAAAGGAUCGUACCAGUGUGAGCAUAAGGCUUUGAUGGCCUAUGAUAAACUUCAAAUAACAGUGGAUCAAGGUUUAGCUACUUUUUUUACCCCUAUAUAGAAAGUCUUGAUUUUUAUGCCCAAAAAAGGGAAAACAAAAUAAAGAAAGGAAAAGCUCCUGGUUUAAUUAUUUUCCGCAAUUCAUUCUAUUUCAUCAUCCAAUGCCUCUUGCUGCAAUUGCACACAUGUAGAUAUAAGUUGAACCUUCUGCAGUUCCACAAGUUAUUUAUACUGUACAGCGGGGACAUAAAGGAAUCAGAAUAAUUUGUAUUAGUUUCCUUUACACCAGAAUAUUGGUAUAGAUGACACACCCAAUCUGUAUAAACAAGCCUCUUGAUCUACAGUAUAAACUGAUAGUGUUGUAAAUGCGUUUUAUGUGAAGUCCCUUGUUGUUUAGGGCCAAACUUAAUUUUUUUCAAACCUUGGCACACAUUUCAAAUGAAUGAAAGGAAUCAAAUUUAAAUU